AUGUGGAACCCAAAUCUUGUCAGUGAGGGUGUUGGUGUUGGAGUCAAUGUUAGGAAGUUGCGCCGGUACUUUUUGAGCACCUUUAUGGUGGUUUACUCGAUGAGGCCUCUGCAAUCUGGUGCUGUAUUCAGAUGCUAUCCAGAAUUAUGGAAAGUGUUUUAUGAUGAUAAAGAUAGGCCAAACAGAUACCUGCUAGCCAAGGAAAUGGUAAGCCGUCCUGAUGCAGAGGACCUCGAGAUAAUAUUUGGAAAUGUUGAAGAGAAGUCAAAGAAGGGUUCAUCUUUGUUUAAUAAAGCAGCAGGCGUCUUCUCUUCAAUAAAUCGAUUCAUGAAAGUCAUCUCAAGAUGA